AUGGUGGAUCUCAAGAAAAUGAAAUGGGUGUUUGUCAUCACUGUUAGUACUAUCUACUUUCUUACUUUUUUCAUUGUCCCCACUAUUUUGGAAGAUGGUGACCAGUAUCUCAUCAUGUAUGAUUCUUUCAAGAAUGAUCUGGCUGAUACUUUCUUUGGAGACCCUGUCACCAACACGGAUGCAUACAUUGUCAACACUUAUUACUAUCCGAAAUCUAAGUCGCUUGGAGAAAAUGCCCUGGCAAUGGUUUUAUUGAUGAAUAGGAAUACAAUGAGAGAUAUUACAAAGUAUAAGAUGCAUUUGGUGGCAACAAAUGGGUCAGGAUAUUCUGUCGAUAUUGUUCCGAAAAUAGUUGUGGAAUCCUACUCGGGUUGUGCAUAUGUGAAUGUCGUGGCGACAACUAAUUCUCUACCGAAUCUUUCUAAAUUAGAGAUCACAACCGGGGAAACUCGGAUGCAGAUACCAUUCCGCCAUGCCCGAAAAACUGCUCCAGCUCCAGUUGUCAUAUGUCUUUCACCUCAAUUUAUUUCUGAACAAUGGCAAAUAUUCGUGGCUCACGCCCACAUAUCUCGUCAUUUCGGUGGUCAUCUCCAUCUUUACAUUACGAGUAUACUUGAUCAAUACUUUGAUUUGAUCAAAGAAUAUGAAAAACAAGGAUAUGUAACAAUCGACUAUUGGAUGAGAAUGAAAUUUGAGAGAAAUCUGAAUUCCACAGAGCCGAAUUCGAAUGUCGAAUGGAGAAAUCAAGCAGGAGCACACACGGAUUGUCUGCUACAAUACAAGGAAGCUGCAUCAUUUGUCACAUUUUUCGACCUAGAUGACAUUCUGAUUCCACGUGGAUUCAACACUUACUUUGACGAAUUCUCCUCAUUUUUCUUUUUGAACCCUGAAAUUGUAACACUUCAAUAUCCGAAACGGGAGAUGAUGCUUCACAAUAAACCAAAUAUGUCUGAUAUGAACUUUCAAGAAAUCUUCGGACAUUCCUGGUUCGUCAAUCGGGAAGAUGCUGGAAAAAUAGUGGCAAGACCAUCAAGUUUGAAUUCAAUGUGGAUUCAUCGAUCAUUCAAUGUUCCCGAUAAAAAACUGCAUUUAGUGAAGAACAACUUUCUGUUGCACAUGCAAAAACCAUUUGAUACAGAUGGACAAGAUUCAGUUCCAUUUGGUAUGAGUAAUUAUGAAAUGAUGGAUGAUUUGAAAUUGAAUAUCUCAAUUUUGGAACCGAUUCAGAAAGAUUUUGAAAAAUUAAUGAACUCCACAGUUGUCCAAAGCAUUUCUGAAAGACUACCAACUCAUUCCUACUAUUUCGUAAUUCUAUUCCGUUGCUACUACAAGAAAGGAUACAUGUCAACUUGUCCAAAUAGUGAAGGAUGUUUGAUUCCUCAACGUUCCGAUAUGAAAUGUGUUCAUUCGGACGCCAAUUAUAAAUCUGGUCCUCAAAUGGAACCAAUCACAUAUCACUACCAUGAGAAUCCAAGGUGGUCCAAGGAUAUUGGAUGCUACACAUAA